CAGCUUCAUCCUGCUUUCGUGCGACAGCCGGCAAUCUAUCUCCUUGAUCUCAUCCCCUACACAAGGCGUCUUCACAUCCUGCCUCCAGUUGCCUGCGGUUAUUUAAUACCUUAACUGUGCUGAGUUCACAAGAUGUCGCAAACCACUGUUGUUGCCACAGCCACAGUUGCUGCUCUCGCGACAGGCGCGCUUGCUUAUGCUGUGUACUUUGAUUAUCGCCGACGAAGCCAUGCCGAUUUCCGCCGAAACCUGCGCCGGAACGAGAGACAACAAGCCCGCGCCGAGAAAGAGGCUGCCGAAGCUGAUGCUGUGAAUCAGAGACGGGCCAUCCGGCUAGCUGUCGAUCAGGCUAAGGAAGAGGGCUUUCCUUCAAACUCUGAGGAGAAAGAAGCCUACUUCCUUGAGCAGGUCCAGGCUGGCGAGGUUUUGGGUGCUGAUCCUGCGAAUGGCCUCGAAGCGGCACUUGCCUUCUAUAAGGCCCUCAAGGUUUACCCUACCCCGGGGGACCUCAUUUCAAUUUACGACAAGACUGUGUCCAAGACCCCGUCCCUAAUCCUGUGGCAGCCGAUCCUCGACGUCUUGGCCGAGAUGAUUGCGUAUGAUGGUACUCUUAAGAUUGGCAGCUACACUGGCGGUGGCGGCGGAGUUGACAUGAACGACAUGAACGACAUGAUGCGUGAGAUGGGUGGAAUGCCUGGAAUGCCCACGGUUGGCCUUGACUAG